AUGGCUCAUCUGCUUUCCACUUCUUACUCUUUAAAGUUGUCAUCCAGCCGCAGACCAUUCUCUCAGCCGUUUCAUGAAUGCCCAACGAAGUGCUCUACUUUUACAUUGGGAACUUCAAAAUCUCCAUUUAAAAGGGUUGUUUUGCAAGGAGGAAGACAGCAAACAAGCUGUGUUGUUCGUGCAACUGCAGUUCCCAUUAGCCAAGAAACACCAACUCAAUCCAGAUCUGGUUCUCACCAAAAUUCAAGCAAACCAUCCAAGCCAAAGAGGGUCAUGGUUAUUGGUGGAGAUGGCUACUGUGGUUGGGCCACUGCCCUCCACUUAUCCAAUAAAGGUUACGAGGUUGCUAUUGUUGACAGCCUCAUUCGUCGUCUCUUUGACCACCAACUUGGUCUAGACUCCCUGACUCCUAUUGCUUCCAUCCACAACCGGCUCCGUUGUUGGCAAUCGGUCACUGGAAAAACAAUUGAACUCUAUAUUGGCGACAUUUGUGACUUUGAGUUCUUGUCUGAGACCUUCAAUUCAUUUGAACCUGAUGGUGUAGUCCAUUUUGGGGAGCAACGAUCUGCCCCAUAUUCAAUGAUUGAUCGGAACAGAGCUGUGUUUACUCAGCACAACAAUGUGAUUGGAACACUUAAUGUGCUCUUUGCUAUAAAGGAAUUUAGGGAUCAGUGCCAUCUGGUGAAACUUGGGACAAUGGGAGAAUAUGGAACACCAAACAUUGAUAUUGAGGAGGGUUAUAUAACAAUUAAUCAUAAUGGAAGAACAGAUACUUUGCCUUUCCCCAAGCAAGCCAGCUCUUUCUACCAUCUUAGUAAGGUCCAUGACUCAAAUAAUAUAGCUUUCACUUGCAAGGCUUGGGGAAUUAGAGCAACUGAUUUGAAUCAAGGGGUGGUUUAUGGAGUAAGGACAGAUGAGACUGAGAUGCAUGAAGAGCUCUUUAACAGGCUGGAUUAUGAUGGAGUGUUCGGAACUGCAUUGAAUCGGUUCUGUGUCCAGGCUGCUGUUGGUCAUCCACUUACUGUUUAUGGGAAAGGGGGUCAGACCAGGGGCUACCUUGACAUAAGGGACACAGUCCAGUGCGUCGAACUUGCUAUUGCGAACCCAGCACAGCCUGGUGAAUUUCGGGUCUUCAAUCAAUUUACUGAGCAAUUUUCUGUCAAUGAACUUGCUUCUCUUGUAACAAAGACCGGAGAGAAGUUGGGGCUUGACGUGAAAACUAUAUCCGUGCCCAACCCAAGAGUAGAGGCAGAAGAACAUUACUACAAUGCUAAGCACACGAAGCUCAUUGAGUUAGGGCUCAAACCACACCUUCUUUCAGAUUCUCUUCUUGAUUCUUUACUCAAUUUUGCCAUCAAAUUCAAGGAUCGGGUUGAUACAAAACAGAUAAUGCCUAGCGUUUCUUGGAAAAAGAUAGGCGUGAAGCCAAAGACUGUUGCAGCUUAA